GCCGACACGCCUGUCCGCCUGUCCGUUUUGCUGUUCUCUUCUUUCGGUCCGUGUGUAUGUUCUCUCUGUUCUGUCUAUUUCUAUUCUUACAGUUCCCUAUGUUUUAUCAGUUCUGUUAGCCGUUCGUCUAUGCACUUUCUGUUAGUUCUGUCUUUCGUCCGUCUAUGCACUUUCUAUCAGUCCUGUCAGUUGUGACAGAUCUUUCGGUUAUUUUAGUUUUGAGAGUCCUGACAGUUUUGCAGUUCUGUUUUUGUACCCACGGCACCUAUUGCUCUAUACGAGGAGCGCCUAGCGAAUAGGCAACCCGCCCGCACUCCUGCAUGGCGGGCUAGUCCGCUUCGACGGCGCUGUGCGCCCCCACCAUGGCUAUGGCUGCUCUAUGUUCUGUCAGUUCUGACAGUUCCGUCCGUCCGUACUGCCUGUCCACAACGCCGACGCAAAGUACAGCCCUUUUAUUGGGUCUAUUUUUGUCGUCAUCGGUAUCGGGCAGCCUGUCUGGGCGAGGCCACGCGCGGCCGCGGGGCGGCUGCUGCACGUCCCCGAUGACGCCCCUGUGUGUGUGUGGGUGCGCUUGGUACCCGCUUGCUCGCGCCGCCCGUGACGUGACGUGGCGCGGCGCCGUCGGCAGCCCGCCGAGCCCGGCUGCCGCCCGCCGCCCGGCUCGCGCAACGCUCUCCCUCUCCCAGCCCGGCCGGCCGGCCCGUCCCGCCGCGUCUGGUCUCAGCUCAGUCCUCCAAGAGGCAGCACGUAGCACGUCGCGCCACCGCACCGCAGAGCAGAGCGCGCCUCGCCCGGCCCUGGCCUCGCCCGCGAGCUGCUCUAGCUGCGCUCAGCCCCCACCGCGCACCGCGCCGCGCACCACAGCCAGGCCUACCGCAGGCAGGCUCACCGCGACCGGCUCACCGCGCGGGGGCCGACAGGCGCACCAGGACCGGCGUGCGCGUGCAACCGGCGCGAGCUGCAGUUGUGUGACAGUCGUGCCUGACGUGUGAGAGAGUGGGUGUGUGCAAACGGACACUGUGCGAGAGUGCGACGAGGAGGACCUGUGCAGCAGCACCUGCUCCGCGGCCACGCCCCUGUGCGAAGUGCAACACAGUGGUACAGUGAGAGUCGGGACGAGAGUGCAGCAGUGUGUGAGUGUGUGUGUGUGUGUGUGUGUGUGUGACAGUGCGCGCGCGCGCGUGUUAGUGUGGAUAGAGGAGAGACAGUGCAUCAGUGACUACAAACCUUGACCGGCGCGGUCCUAGCAGACGACGCGCCGCUAAGAAAACAAGCAGACGACGCUUCGUGCUGGCGGUGGCGGGAGCGGUCCGGGGCCUGGCCACCGGCCUGGCGGGGCCCGCGUGGGAUGUCCACGCCCGGGGCGCCCCGGUGAGUCCAGCCGACUACAUCACCGGCCUCAAGCUGGACUGGGCGUCGGCCAGCAUGUCGGAGCAGGGGACGGCCCUCAACCUCGGCAACCGGCCGUCGUCCUCUGCCUCCUCGUCGGGCAAGGAGUUCGGCCACGACCACAGCGUCCUGGCGCCCGCGACGCCCAGCAGCAGCAGCGGCGGCGGCGGAGGAGGCGCCCCGAGCAGCCACGUCCCGAGCAGCUCGGGCAACGCCAGGACGCCCCCCAACUGCGCACUCUGCCGCAACCACCGCCUCAAGAUCGGACUCAAGGGCCACAAGCGCUACUGCAAGUACCGCUACUGUGACUGCGACAAGUGUCAGCUGACGGCGGAGCGCCGGCGCGUGAUGGCGCUGCAGACGGCGCUCCGGCGCGCCCAGGCCCAGGACGAGCAGCGCCAGCCCAACCUGUACGCGCCUCUCGCGCCCCGCCUGUCGCCAGCCGACCUUGACGUGCACAGGGGCACGCCCGCGCCCCCGGAGUCCCUCGCGCCGCUGUCGUGCGAGUCGGCGUCCGCCUCCCCGGGCUCCGCCAACGGCGGCGGCGGCCCCGGCAGCAGCAGCGGGGGCGGCGUCAUCGUCGGCGCCUCCUCGCCGCACGACGGCGUGCUCGACGGCGCCCACCGCCCCGAGUCGCUGAGCGUCCCGCUGCCGCCGUCGUCGUCCUCCGGACGGAAGCGGCCCCAGACCCCCAGCAGCACGGACUGUCGGGUCGGGAUUGGCCGAAGGUCACAUCAGUGGUCGCCAGAGUCCGCCGGCAGUGCUAGAACGCCAGCAGAGUACGGCUCCGACGUCCAAAGCGUGGAUCACGGGAGAGGGAGCGUGGAAGAGCCGUCAUCGCCGAGACCUAGUGCGGGGCUUCGGUGCCCUGCCCAGCCCAGCCGCCUGUCGCCGGAAGACCGCGUGGACGCGGCGCGCGGACAGCUGGCGCAGCAGCUGCAUGCUGGGCUUCAGCGCCCCAUCCGCACGAGCUGUAGAAAUGGACGAGAAAAUGGUCGAGUUCACCGUGAAUCGAUACAAAGGCUCGUCGAAAAGUUCAACUUUCCACCGGUGGCGUUACCCCUAAUAUACGUAGUGCUUAAAGACCAUGGGUCGGACUACGAGGAAGUCAAAAACUUAUUAUUAGAGGCCCAAGAGGAGAUCCUCAACCUCUCGGUGCGGGAGGGCUCCGAGAUGCCCUGGCUGCUGCCGGCGCACCUGUAUAGCGCGUCCGCGCUGUGCGCGCCCAUCAACUCCAUCGGUCACCUCGCGCCGCUGCAGUACCAGCUCGGCUUCGCCUACCACCCGGGGGCGGCGGCCGCUCCCCACCCGCACCCCCACCCCCACCACCACCAUCACCACCACCCCGGGGCGGGGGCGGCGGCUUCCACCAUGGCCGGGCUCUUCCCCCACCACCUGCACCUGCCAUACCAGCUGGCGCUGGGCCCCACCGCGGGGGCGUUGCCGGGCGCGCCGCCCCCCGCCGCCUCCCCGGAGCCCGCCGCGCCCUUCAGCCUCCGGAGCUCGGGGAACGUCUCGCCCACCUCGUAGGACCAGCAGAGGUGGGGUCGACCUCAUGUGAUACUCUUUACCUGUGAGGAGCGGUGGCAGCUCCGGCACGACCAGCUCGACUUGGCUUCACCUGCGCCAGCAAGAUUCAUGCCCCGGCCACAGCAGGCUGCCCUGGAGCGGGCGGCCAGGCGGACGGGGUGCCUUUGCCUUUAACUGCGCUCGCCCGUGGACAACCCUGCUGCAGAGGCGUUUUUAUGAUCAAUCCAAUUCAUUUUAAUCAGCUACACACGACAUGAGAUUUAUCGGCACACGCAAGUUUUUCCCGGUUUUAUAGACCGAGGAGAGAUCCAUUGCGGUGUAUACACUUCUGGGGCGCCAUCAAAUUUAAAUAAUAAAAAUGAGGCAUCCCUCCUCCUUACCUCCUUGCCAUCAAUCUGAUUUGAUUCAAUCAAUCAUCCAUCUAUCUACCGAUUUCACGAACUGGUCUUCUCAACCAGCUGACCACCGCAACCCGGGAUGCCCGCCCGGCCCGGCGCCCUGAUCCCGGGAGCAGGCCCAAGCCAACCCCGCGGUCAGUGUCUGGCCCCACACUAGUCACUCGAAGGGGACCGAGCCGUGAGACACUCGCCGCUCCGAAACCGGAGUCAAGAAAUGCACCAAAAAUUGAUGUGGGGGUGGUGCAGCGGUAUAUAGUUAAUUUUACUGUCAUCGACAUCCAUUAGAUUAUAUUUGUUAUUAUUAUUUGUCGGGAUAAGUGGGCAGAAUACGAUUACAAUCAGAAUCUGAAAAAGUUUACCUUACAUAUGUUUUCCAAAUUUCAGUUGAUUUGACUCAACCUGUUGGACAUACGUUGGUAGUACAUAGAGACCCAUUAGGGAAGGGACUGGAUAUCAAAUUCUUUCCUCUGUAAACCAACUAGCAGUACUGCUGGUCAGUCCUUUGUUUUAGAAGUCCCAACCGCCAAUAUGCGAGGGGAGGGCAGGGACUCCCUCACAAAAAUAAAAAUUUUACUCGACCUUCGUAAUUUCAAAAAAAGUUGACAUUUUACUCCUUUUCCCAAUUUGUCCACUAUUUUUAGUCACACUGCUAGCUAAGAGCUAGUGGUCGCAGUGUGAUACAGUCAGGCAGAGGUUUUGACUGAUUUUGUGAUAUUUUCGAUUAGUUCGGGAAAGGUAUUGCGCGUUUUUUUGUUUGUUUGUUUUUUAAGGAAAAAUUUAAUUUAUGCUAUUGUCAGCAUCCAUGUGUCUUGUAUAUUUAUAAUAUAAAUAUAUAUAAGCACGCUGAAUAUUUUGUGAUACCGAAGGAAACAUGGCAGACUCAUAGGUACUAUAAUAUAGACUGAGGCGUGUAGGUUGUGUCAAAGAGCAACAAAUAGCACAGUGGAGUCAGCUUUUGUCUUAUGCAUAUUAAAAUAACUUUAAGCACAUAUUACUUACAACAUUCGCCUUGUGUAUUCUCAUUUUCCAUGUUAAUGUUAGGAAGUCAGUGCUGUGAAAAUGCCAUAAGUUAUAUAUCUCAAUGUGGGAUUAUAAGAACAAGUAUAGAGAGUGCAGCUUCAGGCACACCAUGGUUUAUUUUCAGCAAAAUGAAAGCUAUAAUUUGGAAAAUGCAAAUCAUUUCAAAAAAUGUUACUAUCUUUCCUUGAUAAAAGUUGUCACUCAACCAAUAGGAUUAGUUGCACUUUUUAUAGAUGCAUAGGUACUACAUAUUGUAUUUUGUUUCGCCAUACAGAUUUAAGAAUUGUGUACAGAGUAAAAGAUCGGUUGAGUCCUCCUAUGUAGGUACAUUUUGUCCAUUGAUUUGUGUUUUGAUGCAAGUGUUUGCAUUUUGUGUCAUGAGGCGUUGUUAUAAUUAUGUUAUGAAUAUUGACAAUUUUUGAUUAAUAUAAUUUAUUCAGAUUGUUGUGACCAAAUUAUUUUAUUAUAAACAUCUUAUGUAUUCUAUGACUACUCAUAUAACAGUGUUGUGUUACUAUUACAUUUCAAUUAGUUUUCAAGUUAUAAUCAAACCUGAGACUGGCUUUAUUGUUCCCAUAAUAUUUGCAAAGCAUUGCACAAUUUUUGUCAAAUUUAUUCAAAAAGUUAUUUGGUGGGAACUAUAGAAACAUCUGAAAUACAAUAUUUGAAUAUGUAUUCAGAAACUACAUAUUUUCUAUUGUUAAGGUCCAAUGAAAGCCGGAAAAAAUAGAGAUGGGGGAAUGAGACGUCAAUUGCACUGCUUUGUGGUCAAAUUUAAAAUUGUUGUCUUACAUUUCAUAUUUGAGAUUGAUACAGUUUCACCAAGUUAGUCAUUCAAUUCUGAUGUUUGUGUCCUUUGGUAAAAAAAAAAAAUAGUAUCAUUGGAAAAAUAUGCUGGAGAAAAAUCAACUCAAUUGAAGGUCUCUUCAUGGCUCAGGUUCAGAUUCCCCCUUCUUUUAUGUUGGGCCAAUUGUUCAGGAAUCCAAUGUAGGCUAUGGUCCGGCAAAUAUGUUUUAACAGUGAUGGUUGUGGUCCAGGUUUAAAGUCAUCAUCUUUCUAAAACCAGUCGUGAUCAUUGAGGCAAACAUUUCUCAUCACUUUUAAACCAGAAAAAAAUUAUGGACAGAUUAGAAUAGAUAGAUGCAAGGCUUCUAAAUGCUUCCCAGUUUUAGAUUCUAUUAUCUACUGUUACAUUUUUGCUUUUGAGGAGUAUAUUUGACUUUGAUCAGCGACAUUGUAAUACACUAUAUUCAUGGCAUGGUACGUAUCUGUAAAAAUCUUGUCAUACUUUGUUCUACUAGGGAUAUGUUGUUGUAGCCUCACCCUAUACUUUGGCUUUCAUCAUUAAAAUUCUUUGAAUCAUGUUUCAUUUGUUUGCUAAUGGUUUUAUGUUAUAUGUGCAUUUAAAUUACUGGUGCUGAAAUACAAGAUGAUUAUAAUAA